AUGGGUAACGUCAAAGAUGCCACUGUUUCAGAUAUGCGAAGAGCCAACAAAGUGUUACAAAGAGCUAAGUGUGAACCUGUGGAAUUGAAAUACAAGGCAGUUGGAAACAUAGAGGAAGCUAAACUUUUAGUAUUUCAUGAUGCAUCAUUUGCUAAUCUAAGGGGAGAAGGGUCUCAAGGUGGAUUCUUAAUUUUCUUAGCGAAUCAACUAAAUCAAUCACUAUUCCUCAUUUCGUGGCAGUCAAGAAAAUUGAAAAGAGUAGUGAAUAGUACCCUUUCUGCAGAGACCAUGCAAUUGAUCGAUGCUGCUGGCAAAGGAUAUUGGAUUCGAUGUUUUUUCGAAGAAAUUUUCAAUAUUGCACCAUCAAUUCAAUGUUUAACAGAUAGUAAAACACUUUACGAUGCUGUACAUUCCACAAAACAAGUUUUGGACAAUCGCUUAAGAGUAGAUUUGGCUAUUUUGAAAGAAAUCAUUCGAAAUAAAGAAGUGAAUCGAAUAACAUGGGUCUCAAAAGAACAGCAAAUCGCUGAUUGUCUUACCAAACAAGGAGCUAGUUGCAAGAAUCUUCUUUUUACAUUGGCAACUGGUGCACUCAAACAAGAAAAAUAA